AGGUGAAUAGCGUUUAAUAGUCCGUCAACCGUUCAACGGUAAAGCGGAGCAACGAAGCUGGCGCGCGCGUAAAGUAAGCGAAUACUUAAGUAAAGUGUGUUGAUCUCGAUAACAAAAAAAAAAUAUAAAUACAAAAAUACAAAUAACAGCAACAAAUAAAUGACAGUAAUGGUGAUAGAGUCUAGCGUGCGAUCAAAUCCAAGCAUUGUGGGGCUGAAUUAAAAUUAAGCGCAGCACAGCAUUUAUUUAUUGUCAAAAAAGGCGAAGAGCGCCAUAAACAGUCGCAAAAAUUCAUAAUUUAAUUAAAAAGCGAAACAUUUUCGGUUAAUCGGCGAGCUGCUGGCACUUUUUGUGUCUAAAACGCAAAACGAAUAUUGCGAAUGACUAGAAAAAAAGUUAGAAUUUUAGUACGAGGAAAUUUAGAAAAUUUAUAAUCGAAAAAACGAUAUUUAAGAAAUAAAUAAAAGAAACGAAUAAGUGACGCUGCGAAUUUGAGUUUACUCAAGUGCUUCUGCCAAAUAUUAUAAGAAAACUUGAACUUGCCCUAUGUUAAAGUGAAUAGUAGUGUAUAUGUAGUAAACGCCAAAAACUUUAUUUUAACUACAUUUAGAGCAAAGUGAAAAGUGUAAAGUAAAUACAUACUGCUGUUUAUACAGAUUUUUGUUUGUGUUGUUUUAUAAAUUAUCACUUUCCUAUUUGCCGCAAAAGUACUUUUGUUUAAGCCCAGCUUUUGUUUGGAAAUCGUAGUGAUUUUCUGCUCCAUCAAGUGUUUUGACUAUAACCAAAAAUGUCUUCGUCUACGCGUGCGCAAAUCUGCUUAGUCAUUUUUGUUUGCUUUCUCUGUGGAAAGUUGCAGUUUUCGCAUGCAGCAACUGAAUAUAAUCGUUACUUGGCGCAUAUUUUUCAAAAAUAUGGCACAGGUGGCACAAUUUCAUUCGAGGGUCUCGAACAUUUGAUGUACAAUCUUGGCUUGGGACAAAUCGAAUUUGAACCUGAACAUACGAUUGACCAACAUCGUCCCAAGGGUUUUAAAACAUCGGAGCGGGAUGAUGAUCCAAAGUUGACAGCUUACUUUGAACAGCAAAGUUUGAAAUUAUCGCCGGCCGAUGAAGAUAUUGCAAUGUUAAAGGAACGUGAUGCGCUGCAGAAGAAUACAGAUGAAUUAGGCCUUCUAAUUAGAGAGAAGGAAGUUCUGUUGGAAUUCAAGGAGAUGCACGAUCCAAAGCACCGGCAUCCGCGGGAAAGUGAUGCCUCCAUGGAUGACGCACCCUUAUCGCCGAAUGUUUGCCUAUCCCCAAAGUCAAUGCUACGUCUAGUCGUCGAUCACGAUGACUUACACAAACGUAAGCUAUACAAGACCUACACAUCCGAUGGCGUAGCGAAAACGCACAACUCCGAGGCAGAGUAUAAUGAGUUCAUCAACCAGGUACAGUUAACGCCAGUGGCUUUUAUGAAACUCUGCCCAGCGCUGUUAGCGCAAAUCGACCAGCAUGUGUGCGUGCGACCAGCACCGCUAACAAAUGGCGACAACCCCAAGCAGGCAUUGUGGAAUGCUUGGAUUUACGCCAGCGUUUCCAUAUUCAUACUAUCCGCAUGCGGGCUGCUGGGCAUCCUGCUGGUGCCGCUGAUGAAAACAAUUGCCUAUCAGGAGAUCUUAAAGUUCCUUGUCGCAGUGGCUGUGGGUACACUGGCCGGUGACGCAUUGAUGCAUUUACUGCCACACGCUCUGGUGCCCGAACAUGGCGCGCAUGAGUCUAGCACAGCAGAGUCUGAACACGACACUCAUGAGGCAGUUUGGAUUUGUGCAUGCGCAUUCUUCACUUGCAUUUUUAUGUACGUACUGGAGCAUACCUUACCGCUACUGCGAGGCGACAACGCCAAAGGACAUGGACACAGCCAUUCACAUGGCGGACACGCACAUACGCAUAGUCAUGCGCACGCACAUCACAGUGAGCAUGCUUCAGCUGAUAAAACGUCCAAAAAUGGAAUCGAUGCCGAUAGCAUGGUGUCACCGGUCAACACCGACGCCAAGGAAAUCAACAUAAUGUUGCACGAAACCAAAAAAGAUGAAAAGUCGCCAUCACGCCCGCUCACACCAGUUGCAUUUAUGGUUGUCAUCGGUGACGGGCUGCACAAUCUCACCGACGGUUUAGCGAUCGGUGCCGCCUUUGCCAGCGAUCCAGUGACGGGCAUGGCGACUGCCUUUGCCGUACUCUGUCACGAACUGCCACACGAGCUGGGCGAUUUCGCACUUCUCCUGCAGACGGGAGUGUCGCUGCGACGCGCAGUCUACUUGAACAUUGUCAGCUCUGUUUUGAGUUUUGUGGGCAUGGCUAUUGGGUUGUUCAUAGCUGGCGCGCAUGAAAAUAUGACACAGUGGAUUUAUGCCGCCACAGCGGGCUCGUUCCUCUACAUAGCGCUAGCCGAUCUGGUGCCGGCAAUGAGUGAGGCGGAGACGCAUACGGGGGAUGCUAAAAGUAAACUUAAGGGUACCCUCAUACAGAUUGGUGGCAUGCUGCUGGGUGGUUUUAUAAUGUUGGCCAUUGCUGUGAAUGAAGAGGCGCUGGCAGAGCUUUUUAAGUGAAGAAUAAAAGUACCCCCUGGAGAAAAAUUAGUAUAAAUGGAAGGCAUACAUUCCCGAAAUAGCAUUUAAAAUAUUUUGAAUGAAUUUUUGAAGCACAGUUUUGGUGGACUAAUAUUUAAAAUCCCAGCUAGUUCCGAUAUUCGGUAAAGUUUGUUUUAAGUGUUAAAGUAGUAUUAAUUAUAUUUUAGUUAGUUUUAAUUUUUAGCUCAAAAUUAGAAACGAAUAACGGAACAGGUAGUUUUAAAGAAAAUAUUACUUUAAAGUGCAUUGCCAAGUAUGUAUGUUUAUUAUUUGUACAUUAGACUGCAUUACCAAAAAAAAAGUUACGGUUUUCCGCCGGGGUUACAAAACCUACUAUAUUUGAAGACGUCCACCAAAAUAUAUCGGGAAAAUAUUCAAAUUUACGUGAGCUGGACCGAUUUGAAAAUACCGC